UUCUCGGCACAGAGCGCCUCUUGUUCGAAGUUCUCUACGUGUCUGCGACAGUCAAGAUGCCACCCCAGCCAAGCGGUAAAGCUAUUAAGAAGGCCGGCAAGGCGCAGAAAGCAGUCCGCGCUACUGACAAGAAGAAAAAGAAGCGCAGGAGGAAGGAGAGCUUCAGCAUCUACAUUUACAAGGUACUCAAGCAGGUGCACCCCGACACCGGCGUCUCCAGCAAGGCGAUGUCGAUCAUGAACAGCUUUGUCAACGACAUCUUCGAACGCAUCGCCGCCGAAGCGUCUCGGCUGGCGCACUACAACAAGCGGUCCACCAUCACCAGUCGUGAAGUGCAGACAGCAGUACGCCUGUUGCUACCUGGAGAACUCGCCAAGCACGCGGUCUCGGAAGGCACGAAGGCCGUCACGAAGUACACAUCCUCGAAGUGAAGUUGCGGACUAUUUAUUUUCUUCAUCUCUUCACCGUGCAGCGUGUCGGACCACGCGUUCAUCACCAAAGCCCACGGAGUGCUGUGCUAGUUCCACUCUACGUGAACUUUUUUUUUCUUGACGUGCAUUCCGCCUUCACAAGCCGCACCUCCAGGGUUCCGUGCAUCUCGCAUGUCAUCUGCCAAUUUUAGCCUCCAGCGUGUGUGAAAAAUACUGUCCUGUAUUCCUGAGUGUUGUGAUGAGUGAAUAAAACAAAAUUGGACAGGAUCUGA